AUGAAUUUUGGACUUUGGGAAGUGAACUUUCCUCAAAUCAAUCAAGACGUGGGCGGCUAUUUUGAUCGAUCAGGAAGCCUAAAAGAAAACAUCAAAUUGGGAAAAAAAGCACAAAGGAAUUUGAAAGAGUUAAAAAAUCUGCAACUCAAACCAUUCAUUAUUAAAAAAUUCGAGAACAACAACGAGAUUAAUGGUAAAGGGUAUUUUUUGGAGGUAAUUCACAUCACCUCUAAGAGAAAAAAAAAUGGCAUCAUUGUUAACAAAAUAUGGAAUACAUCCGACAUUGAGCAAGAUAACAAAGAAGCGUUACCAUAUAAGAUGCUCAGGGAAAAGUUGAAAGUUGAAAAACAAGAUAUUCUAUUCUUCAAAUGGAUUAGAAGUCUCUCAACUGAAUUAGAUUUCCCCCUUCAACAGACAUUACCCACGAAUAGAGUGCCUGAGAGUAUUAUAGGGUUAAGAUGGUUUAAUAUUCCCAUCGUCAAAAAAGGCAGCUCAAGGAAGAAAUGGUCACUUCCAAAGUUAAGAUUAAUGCCUUCUGCGUUAGAGGUGCGGUACAAUAAACUAUACGAUGAAAAAUUGAACUCCUGCGUUAAAUUUUCUGAUAGCCCUCUUUCAGAUUGGGCGCCCAAAAUUUUUGAGCAAACAUAUGGUAGAUACUUAUUGCAACUGACUUCAGCUGACAAAGCUCUGCAAGGUAAGAGCAAACACUGCAAGUACAAUUUCAAGGCUAGUGCACAAAAUUGGAUUGUUGAAUUUUCAGGAAGCGAUCAAGAACCUGAUUUUUUUAGGAGAAGUUAUGAUGCGCUAUUUGAUACGCACUUUGAUGAACUGGAAUUUUUUAAAAUAAGGGCCAAGAAAUUGAAAUGGAACAAGCCAAUGAAGAAGGAGACCUAUGGGACAUGGCGUUUACGGAAAGAAGACUUAAAAGAUUUGGUAUGGGAUCCUCUGAAGAAAAUCAGUUGUAACAAUUCCUCGAACACAAUAUUUGAACAAGAUACCAUAAGUGAAAAAGUCUAUUACAUAAAGCCGAUGAAGCUGAGAUUUCAUGAAUUAGAUUCCGGAUCCCUUGACCUUAUUGAUAAUCAAAAAAAGACUUUUGGGACUAUAAAGCUUGCAAUGCAUAUAUCAAACGCAAAGGAAAUUGAAAACACAACAAUCGAAAAAUGUGAAGGAAACGAUACAACGGCCAACGCAAUUCGUGAAUUAGACCAAAAUGAUCGCUCAUCAUCCGAAGAGAAUGUUAAUACCUCAUUAGCCCCUCAAAAAAGAUCCUUUAUUGAUAGUGAACUAAUGUCCAUGUUGGCUACCAAAAAAAAAAACAAGAAGCACAAGCAAACCGAUGGAAAAAGUGUGUCUCCCACUUCAUUUUUAAUGAACUCCGGAACGUAUACAAAUCAAGCUGAAACACCAGUUUCUAAAUCUGCUUAUAUUGAAAGGAAUGAUUUAUCAUUUAAUACUUCAUCAAUAAGACAUUCAAUAUUAAAGGAACAUAUCAAAAAUAAAUGCAUCGCGGUAAAUGCAAACAAGAUGGUUGAAAACCAGAAGGUCAUUCAAUUCUUAUGUAAAAAUUCCCAAUUAGACCUUAUCGAACAACCCUACUUUGGAGAGUGCGACUUCAUUAUAAACCAUUCAACCUGCUUAUAUAAAAUCUAUGCGAAUCAAUUUCUGCAACUCAGGCAUAACGGCUCACUGUAUUAUGAUAAGGCCAUAAACGAUCUAUUAACUGAAUUUCAAAGAGUAAUUAUAGUUGUCGAAUUUCCUGAAAUACUACAAGAAGUUGAUCCAGAUCUCUUUUGGAAGAUUAGAUUUUACUUGUUGCAUUCACGUGCUAAUGUUUUUUUCAUCCAUGAAGACAGAGAUCUUUUUAUUGAUUGGAUACAGUAUUUCAUUUCAAAGUGGGCUCUUUCAUAUAGCGAUGAAAAAGAAGAAAGUAUCGCAAAUGCCGAUAUUCUUCUAGAUUUAGGAUUCAACAUUCUCUUAAUACGAAAAAUUUUCCAAACAUACAGCUUGCAAGGGUUUUUCAUGGCUGUAAUACAGGAAGAAGCCCAAGCCGUUAAGCUGCUCACGGUUUCACAAAUGACUCGCCUGACAAAGUUAUUAACAUUAGAAUGGUGA